AUCAAAAUCCAAAAAACCGAGUCAAAGGACCUCAACAAUAUGAUCGAAACCCGUAGCCAUUUCUCUCUCUCAAAUUGGAACUUCGGCAGUAGAAGAAAAAAAUUAACUGAGAAAAGAGAAAGCUUCAGUCGAAUCACUGAUUCAAGGUGGUUUCUGAAAUGCACCGUGUGGGUAGUGCGGGGAACACAAACAAUUCUAGUCGCCCUCGUAAGGAGAAGAGAUUAACAUACGUGUUGAAUGAUGCUGAUGACACAAAGCAUUCUGCAGGUGUGAAUUGUCUGGCUGUAUUAAAGUCAGUAGGAACUGAUGGGUGUGAUUACCUCUUCACUGGGAGCCGUGAUGGAACACUUAAAAGAUGGGAUUUGAUGGAAGAUUCAGCCACCUGCUCUACUACUUUUGAGUCUCAUGUGGACUGGGUUAAUGAUACUGUUCUUGCAGGUGACAAUACACUCGUUUCCUGUUCCUCAGAUACCACACUUAAGGCAUGGAACUGUUUGUCUGGUGGAACAUGUACAAGGACUCUCCGGCAACACUCAGACUAUGUGACUUGUCUCGCUGCUGCAGAAAAAAAUAGCAAUAUUGUUGCCUCUGGUGGCCUUGGAGGGGAGGUUUUCGUAUGGGAUCUUGAGGCUGCGCUUGUUCCACUCUCAAAGUCCAGUGAUGCAAUGGAAGAUGACUGUCCAAAUGGUGUCAAUGGUUCAGGGAAUUUGCUCCCGAUUACUAGUUUGCGUACUAUAAGCUCAAGCAAUAGCAUUUCUACGCAUACAAAUCAGUCCCAAGGAUAUGUUCCACUUGCUGCCAAGGGCCAUAAGGAGUCUGUUUAUGCAUUGGCAAUGAAUGAUAGCGGCACACUUCUUGUCUCCGGUGGAACUGAGAAGGUUGUUCGUGUUUGGGACCCAAGAACUGGUUCAAAGACUAUGAAAUUACGAGGUCAUACGGAUAACAUUAGGGUUUUGCUUAUGGAUUCUACCGGAAGAUUGUGUUUGUCGGGAUCUUCUGACUCUAUGAUCAGACUUUGGGACCUUGGUCAGCAGCGAUGUGUGCAUUCCUAUGCUGUGCAUACAGAUUCUGUUUGGGCACUUGCCAGUACUCCAACAUUUAGUCAUGUUUAUAGCGGUGGGAGAGACCUUUCUUUAUACUUGACAGACUUGGCAACAAGAGAGAGUCUUUUGCUCUGCACAGGGGAGCACCCCAUUCUGCAAUUGGCUUUACAUGACGAUAGUAUCUGGGUUGCAACAACAGAUUCUUCCAUCAAUAGAUGGCCUGCUGAGGGACGCAAUCCUCAGAAGGUCUUUGAAAGAGGCGGUUCUUUCUUAGCUGGAAAUCUAUCCUUUUCACGGGCAAGGGUUUCCUUAGAGGGAUCUACCCCUGUUCCUGUUUACAAAGAGCCAACACUAAGCAUUCCUGGAACUCCUGGAAUAGUGCAGCAUGAAAUUUUGAAUAAUAGAAGGAAUGUGUUGACCAAGGAUACCUCUGGUUCGGUGAAGCUGUGGGAGGUCACCAGGGGCAUUGUGGUUGAGGAUUAUGGAAAGGUGUCAUUUGAGAAGAAAAGGGAAGAGCUCUUUGAGAUGGUAAGCAUUCCUACGUGGUUCACUGUGGAUACCAGGCUUGGAAGUUUAUCUAUCCAUUUGGACACCCCACAAUGCUUCUCAGCUGAGAUGUACUCAGCUGACCUUAGCAUUGUUGGUAAACCCGAGGAUGAUAAGGUUAAUCUAGCUCGAGAAACCCUUAAAGGACUUUUGGCUCACUGGUUGGCCAAGAGAAAGCAAAGAGUUGGAUCCCAGCCUUCUGCUAAUGGGGAUGUGUUAUCUGGGAAGGAUGUUAGCCACAGAAGUAUUACUCAUUCAAGAAUUGAAGUUGAUUGUAAUGCUGAGAAUGACGCGAUGGUGUAUCCUCCAUUUGAAUUUUCAACUGUUUCCCCUCCUUCCCUCAUUACUGAGGGUUCUCAUGGAGGUCCAUGGAGAAAGAAAAUUACUGAUUUAAAUGGAACUGAAGAUGAGAAAGAUUUUCCUUUCUGGUGUCUGGACUGUGUGUUAAAUAACCGCCUACCUCCCAGAGAAAAUACUAAGUGCAGCUUUUAUUUACAUCCAUGUGAAGGUUCAGCUGUUCAGAUUCUGACACAAGGAAAACUAAGUGCACCUCGUAUAUUGAGGAUUCAAAAAGUAAUUAAUUAUGUUCUAGAAAAGAUGGUUCUUGACAAACCAUUGGAGAGUGUAAAUCCCGAGGGAACAUUUACUCCUGGACUUGUUGGAGGGCAGUUAACUCAUUCAGUGAUUGGGGAUGGAUCUUAUCGGUCUGGAGUGAAGCCUUGGCAAAAGCUCAAACCCUCUAUAGAGAUAUUGUGCAACAAUCAGGUCUUGUCCCCAGACGUGAGCUUAGCCACUGUGCGGGCUUAUGUAUGGAAGAAAUCUGAGGACCUUGUUCUCAAUUAUAGACUCGUCCAGGGUGGGUGACUUGUACGGCAUCCUGAAGGUUAUCUCGUGCUUGUGUUGAAUGCUGGGGAAUAUGAAUUCUUCACGCCAUGCUUAAUAGUGAUGGAGGUACUUGUCAGGUUUGUAAAUUUGAAAAACUAAUUGAUUGCUGGAAAUGGCUAAAUUCUCCAACCGUGCCAAGAAGUUUCCGGUUAGCAGUUACCUACCCAGCAUGCAAGCUUUAAUUGGUCAUUCCAAAGUUGUUAUGGAGAUGAGUCUUGCAUGCAGGAAUUGAAAGGUUUUUGAGUCUGCAGCAGAAUAGAGAGAAGCAUUGUAGGAACUUUUCAGAGGAGCCAAAUUUACGGAUAUUAUGAUGUCUUUGUAGAUUGAUAUUUCGGUUACAUACCUUAGUCAUAGAAACUCUGUUGUGAAAGUUAUUUCUUGAAUUUGUUUCUUUUUGGAAAUAAAAGUUACAUUUCCCAUA